CCCCUCCUCUGCCCUCCACGCCUCAUCUCUCCACCCUCAAGAUAAUCAAGCUGCUCAAGCCCAAGCUUUUUGAGAGCCGGAGUCUUUCUGGAAGGUCUUCUGCUUCCAAAGGAUGAUACUGCCUAAGAAAGGGAAGCUGCUGCUGUUCCUGGGUUCCCAGAUGAUAAUUGCCGCGCUCUUCUUCCAUACGUUCAGACAAACGGGCUUUGUCCAGAACGAAGAAGAGUCCAGGAGGCCCGUGCAUGUGCUGGUCCUGUCUUCCUGGCGGUCAGGAUCCUCUUUUGUGGGGCAGGUUUUUGGGCAACACCCGGAUGUCUUCUACCUGAUGGAGCCCGCUUGGCACGUGUGGAUGAGUUUCACCAGCAGCACGGCCUGGAAGCUGCACAUGGCUGCGCGGGACCUUCUGCGUUCGGUCUUCCUGUGUGACAUGAGCGUCUUUGAUGCCUACAUGAAGCCAGGCCCCCGAAAACAGUCCAGCCUCUUCCAAUGGGAGCAAAGCCGGGCCCUGUGCUCGUCACCUGUCUGUGACUUCUUCUCUAGUGACCAGAUCAGCUCGCCUGAACCUUGUAAGCGCCUCUGUUCCCAAAAGCCCUUUGAUAUGGUGGAGAAGGCCUGCGGCUCUCACAGUCACGUGGUACUCAAGGAGGUGCGCUUCUUCAACCUGCAGGCCCUUUACCCACUUCUCACAGACCCUUCCCUCAACCUGCACAUCGUACACCUGAUCCGAGACCCCCGAGCUGUGUUCCGAUCUCGGGAACACACCAGAGGGGACCUCAUGAUUGAUAGUCGCAUUGUGCUGGGGGAACAUUUGAAAACGAUCAAGGAGGAAGAUUACCCCUAUUAUACCAUGCAGAUCAUCUGCAAAAGCCACGUGGACAUAAUCAAGGCCAUCCAAGCCCUGCCUGAGGCUCUACAGCAGCGCUUCCUGCUCCUGAGGUACGAGGACCUGGUUCGGGCACCGCUGAAUCAGACCUCCAGGCUAUACAAAUUUGUGGGGUUGAAAUUCUUGCCCCAUCUCCAAACCUGGGUUCACAACGUCACCCGUGGCAAAAGUAUGAAUCAGCCUUCCUUUGCCACUAAUGCCAGGAAUGCCCUGAACAUCUCCCAGGCAUGGCGUUGGUCCUUGCCUUAUGAAAAGGUUUCUCGGCUUCAAGAUGUCUGUAGUGAGGCUAUGGAUUUGCUGGGCUACCUCCCAGCCAAAUCCAAACAAGAGCAAGGGAACCUGUUACUGGAUCUUUUGUCUUCUCCGCAUACCUUGGGGCAACUCUAGCGAGAAGGCUUAGGAGACCAGUCUCAGCCAUCAUGAAAUGAUCCCAAGACUUAACAGUGUCAUGAGAUGAGCAAGCUGAGCGUUGACUGGGCCUCCACAGGCCCAAGCAGAAGUCUUUGUGUCUAUACUGAGAUACACACUACAUCUGAGCCUAAAGUCAAGAAUCUCCUUCUAUCUUGGAAAUACUCAGGGACCUUGAGCAGCCCCUUCAGCCCACCAGGCAAGACUCCCACCUCUCUUCUCCCCUUGACCUUCCCACCCAUGCAUACCUCAGAGACUAUGGCCUGGAGGCCUACUAGACACACCAAGCAGCAUCCUUGGAGCAAGUCCAUAAACCUCCUGUCCACAGCUCCCCAACGAGAAGGGGGAAGAACAAAAACCAGGGAAAUGGGGCUUUCACCAAAGAACUCCCAGCAACUUCCACCGAGACCCUCAGAUUCGAGGCAGCAGGCGCAGGGGUGGUUGCUUACCUGUGAGUCUGCCUAUAGCACUGCCAGUUACCACAAACAGGCAGCAAACACCUUGCCCAAUAGGACCAGCACUCAAGUUCACGGUGCGAUUGGACCGGAUGGCAUCUCUCUCCAGUGUUUACCAGUGUUUACCUGUAAAACUGUCCUCCAGUCAUAUGAAAAUUAUAACCCAAGCUUCUGUUUUGAGUUCCUCUUGUAUGCUUUCUGACUACCAGUAGACAAUCUUCAUUCUCAUGGGGCUCUAACAAUGGGCAUAAUCAUUUUU